AUGGAUACGUUAAAUAUAAAACCGUUAAGUAAGGAUUUAGAGUGGUCUCCGGAUGCGCCCUCGGGCGUUGAGGCCACCGUAGGCGCAGCAGGGGGGUCUGCCGCGCCUCUCGUAUGCACAUCCAACGAAGAGCAUGCCCUACGCCGCGUCGUGGGCCGCUGGGGCGCCGAGUGGUGGGGGGCUCCCCGCCCCGCCCUGCAGCUAAGCCUCCAAAAGUAUGAGGAAUUAGUUGCUAAGGCGGAGGCGUUGUUGAGCCAUCUCGUCGUCUCAGAAAACUACGAUUCCAUCAACAACUUUCUGUCUCUCUACGAUGGGUACAUGGCGUCGCCAGACCAGACUCUUGACGUGUACUUUAAGAAGUAUAACCCCCCAAUCCGUGCGCACAAGCACACGUGUGUUGGUCUGGGAAUGGAAGUCAUGAAGCGUCUGAAAGUUUUGGAGAAAGAUUUCCCUGGAAUUAGCAAGUCGAUGAUGCUGGUGUCCUGUGAUGAGAACAUUGAGGAUUUGCAGGACUACACAACCUCUUUCCCAGGUCCUCAAGGAUUCUUAAUUGAAACUGAGAAGGACCACGUAAUGAUGGCUAUUCCAGUAAAGAUUGAUGGCAGACCUGGCAUGUUUUUGUCUGAUUUGGGUUACCAUAUAGCCAGGGUGGCUACAGUGAUGGUAGACCGCUGUUACCCGCAUACGGGCUGGUUCAUUCAAUCGGACGAGCCCCAUUGCCGCAAAGAGUACAACUAUCAGUUCAACCUCCAGAAUAGCAACUACAUCGAAUGGCAUGAGCGUGAAACCAGGGGUGUCAACAUCAAGGAACGUUUGUCUUUAGUAUACGUUGCGAGGGCAUAUCUGUCUGCUGUUGAGGUUACUGAGAAGAGAAACCUGGUGUGGGACUUACGGAGUUUACUCUCUCGAGAUCCCAAGGGCCGUCUGACUGCCGGUGUCUACUUCCCCGUCAAACCAAAGGACCAACAGUUUACCAUGUUCUUCGACUCUAACACCGGCAAGAUUAGGAAAAAGUUCAAGUUCGAAACCUUCUUGGAGUUGCAAAAGAUUCCAGAUGAGGUAGUCGAUGAAGUGGAACAGUGCAACGACCAACUCCGUCUUCGAGACGGUGAGCUUCUUUCUAUCUUGAAUAGGUUGGCUCACAUCAUGGCCGACGAAGAAUAUAUGUCAGAGCUUCUGGAUAUCAACAACCAGAUCGUCCAACUCUCUGCUGGAAAUUAA